AUAUAUUAAUAAUUAAAUAAACAAGAGGAUGUAAAUCCUCUGUAAGCAACGCCAUCCAACUACCCGGUGAGAAGCGCGCAUCGCCGGAGCUUGCAGGCUGAAGGUGGGCCGUAGCAGAGAGGAAGCUUCCAGCAGGGGAGGAGGAGGAACAACCGCUGCAGUGGAUGGUGGGGGGUGAUGAUGCCAGCAAGGACCUGAUGUUCCCCUGCACGCCCCGCUGAUACACACGGACGGUCGGACUGGUGGUGGUGGUGGUGGUGAGGAUUAUCCCGGAGACUGGAUGAAGGAAGACAGGGAGGGGGGAGGCUGCAUCAUCCGGAGAGAGGAGCGUUUUGUCAGGGAGGCUGGCCAACAAUAACAUGAACAGUAAGAAAUAGAUCGAAAAGAAAAAGGGAAACCUGGAAUAGGAUUGUGCAGUUGGAUAUAUGCUCGCGUGUUUUGCCUAUAGUCUAUAAUUCCCAGAGGAUACUGGCCUUGAGGGAAGAAAGUCAGUUCAUGAUUGUUCGAGAAACAACAACUGAGUGAGAAUCAGCCAGUUUUUAUUGUUUUGCAGCUCAAAGCAAGAGAAAGAAAGUGUGCUACCAUUUCUUUUCUAGUGCUGUGUUCCUGAGGGGUUUUCUAGAGCAGCUGGUCUUUACUGAGGCUGGUCAUUCACCUCGGUGUUGGGAGGGGGGGUAGGACCCUAUUGGACGCUUGAUAGUCGAGGUUGAGCUCCACGGAGAGAAGAUGUCGGGUCAGACACUGACGGACCGCAUCGCCGCGGCGCAGUACAGCCUGACGGGAUCCGAGGUGUCCCGAGCUGUGUGUAAAUCCACCACACAUGAACAGACAGCUCCAAAGAAAAAGCACCUGGAAUACCUGAUCCAGGCCACCCAGGAGACCAAUGUGAACGUCCCCCAGAUGGCCGACACGCUGAUGGAGAGGGCUGGCAAUGCCAGCUGGGUGGUGGUUUUCAAAGCCCUGAUCACCACACACCACCUCAUGGUGCAUGGCAACGAGAGAUUCCUGCAGUUCCUGGCAUCUAGAAACACCUUGUUCAACCUCAGCAACUUCCUGGACAAAACUGGCUCCCAUGGCUAUGACAUGUCCACAUUUAUCAGGCGUUAUAGCCGCUAUCUCAACGAGAAGGCCUUCGCCUACAGACAGAUGUCUUUCGACUUUGGCCGAGUCAAGAAAGGAGCUGAUGGGGUGAUGAGGACCAUGACAGUAGAGAAGCUGUUGAAAGGAAUGCCCACCCUGCAGAGCCAGAUCGACGCACUGCUGGAUUUUGAUGUGCAUGCACAGGAACUGAACAAUGGCGUGAUAAAUGCCUGCUUUCUCCUACUCUUCAAAGAUUUGAUCAAGUUAUAUGCCUGCUACAAUGACGGCAUCAUUAACCUGCUAGAAAAAUUUUUCCAGAUGAAGAGAAGCCAGUGUAAAGACGGGCUGGAGAUCUACAAGAGAUUCCUUACACGAAUGACUCGGGUGUCUGAGUUCUUCAAAAUCGCUGAGCAAGUGGGAAUAGACAAAAAUGACAUACCUGAACUCACUCAGGCCCCGGAAAGUCUUCUUGAGUCCCUCGAGACCCACCUCAACACUCUGGAGGGGAAGAAACCGUCACCCACUAAGGAUGUGACAGCCAACAACGGCUCUCCGGCUGCUGCUGCUGCUGCUGCACCAGCCAAGCCCGCGCCUCCCGCUGGCGCCGGCGGGCCCCCUGCUCGCCCUGGGCCACCUGCCAAACCUCCUCCGCCCUCUGUCACCCCUACCGCGCCAGCCCCCACCGCCACCACUACCAGCAAUGCCCUGGACGACGGGUUCUUGCUGGAUCUAGACCCAAUUUCCUCCUCAUCAGCAGGGGGCGCUGCAGCGACCUCCUCCAUGACUGGAUGGGGAGAUCUCUUGGCUGAGGCAACUCCAGCUGCCUCUGAUGGAGCCUGUGAAGCUCUCCUGGCGGAGGGAGAUGCUGCUGAUGCUGAUGCUGAUGCUGAUGCUGACCCUGUAGCUCCCGCGGCCACAGCUGGCGCCGCUACCACUGCUGCUGCGGCCGCACCAGUGCUCGCCUCUCUGCCCGUCUCAGUUCCUGCCACCACCUCAGCCACCGACAUUGACCUUUUCGGAGAUGCGUUUGCACCUUCCCCAGGAGAUGGUCCUGCUGCCGUGGCCGCGGGCCCUGCUGCUGAUGCAUUUGGUGGAUCUGACCCCUUCGCUACGACAGAAGGGAGUGCGGACAUUGCUCCAGAGCUGGACCUGUUCGCUAUGAGACCCUCCGACACGGGGGCCGCUGCCGCCAUCACCCCUCCCACCUCUAGUGAGGCGCCGACCAUCGUCGCCCCCAUCGCUGCCCCCGCUGUCCCCACCCCUUCUUCCACCACCACCACUACCACCACAACCACCACCGACACCACCACCACAGAGUCUGCAGCCGUCCCGACUCUAGAUAUCUUUGGUGAUAUGUUUGAUUCUAUGCCUGAGCAAAGCCCCACCACAGAAUCCAAAGCUGCUACCACUCCUAGCGUAGACCUUUUUGGUGCAGACCUUCCUGCUGUUUCACGCGGGCCCUCUCCUUUGCCCGAGCCGGUUCCGGCUGGAGACAUUGUGACAGACUCGUUUACAUCUCCAGCUCCUGCUGCUGCUCCUCCUGCCCCUGCUCCUGCUGCAGCUCCAGCCCCAGAAGCCUCAUCUCCGCCCAAAGCAGAGCCAGUUCCAGUCAUUGACCUGCUGGACUCCUUCAGCGGUCCUGUGGAGGAAACGCAGAGUUCUGCUCCUGGAGGGCCGGGAGACGACCUACUGGGAGGCCUCAUGUCCCCCACCCUGGCCCCCACUGCCGCCCCAGCUCUGGCUCCCUUGGCUCCAGCUCCAGCUUCAGCUCCGGUGCAGAAUGACCUCUUGGAGUCAGGCUUUGAUGCCCUGGGCUCCCUGCCCUCUCCAACCCCACCCGUACCUGCUGCAGUUGCAGCAGUACCAAUAGUGCCAGCUCUAGCAGCACCAGAACCUGUCACUGCCACGCCAGCGCCCUCUGGUGGCUUUGAUGCUUCAAUGUUUGAUGGAUUAGGUGACUUGCUGAUGCCCGCCAUAACGCCCCAGAGUACCGGGGGCAGCACUGCUGGAAGCACAGCUGGAAGCAUGGGAACUCCCAUCGCAGGGGGAGGCAUUGCAGCCGCUCCCCCCGCCACCCCACCUCCCACCAAAACCAUUGGAGGAGAUCUGGACUCGUCACUGGCCAACCUGGUUGGAGACCUUGGAGUAAAGAAAAAGGACCCGCAGAGUGAGAAGAAGCUGACAGGAGGCGCCAACUGGAUGCCACAGGUGGCCCCCACAAGCUGGGCUACACCAGGAGCCCCCAUGGCUGGUGCCACUUCUGGAGCUCCUGGGGCACCGGGAGCGGCUCCACCUGGUGGAGCCAUGGUGCCACCAAUGAGCGCACAGCCUGGCUUCGGCAUGCCUCCAUCUGGGGGGACCGGAGCUCCCAUGAUGCAACCCAUGAUGGGACAGCCUAUGAUGGGACAGCCCAUAAUGAGACCUGCAUACACAGGAGUGGCUGGAGCUGCACCUGGAGCGGCUGCACCAGGGGCACCGCUUUCUCCAGGACCUGCAAGCCAGAGUCCCAAGAAGCCCAAGGACCCUCUGGCCGAACUCGAUCUCAAGGACUUCUUAUAACGCCCCAGCUGCUUCCUUCUCUGGAGCAGGGCCUUCUCACCUUUUACCUGGUGUCUGUCAACAUCUCAGGAUGCCAGCAAUGUUCAGCUACUCAACCUUAUAAGUCUCUUUUCUCCACCCCGUCCAUGAACACCCCGCCCUUCUCCUGUGUGAUGUCGUAGCACAAACUGUGAAAGUGAACCAUAGCGGAUUAUAUAUGAAUAUAAGAGAAAAAAAAUACAAGUGUGUGCUUAUGUAGAUGUACCAAUCUUUUGUCUAAACAAAACCACACAAAACCCUGAAAAAAAGUCCACAAAAGUAAGUGAGAGAAAGUGAAGGCGUAUGUGUUUAAACCUCUUUCUAGUGUUGAGUUGAAUGAUGGAUGUGCUUUGGUGUCUUGAGCUCCACCCACCCACCCCGUAUUUUUGUCCCCGCCUCCUUAUGAAGGGGGCGGAGCGCUUCUUUGUCCCACUCUGACUGGAUAUGAGUGGUAAACCAAGCCCCAGUAGAUUUUCAGAGAAACAUGUGGUGUGUUGUUUACAGGAAGGUCCUCUUUGAUGUACAUAGAUUUCUCUGGCGAGGAUUUCGUCUCUAUUCUGUAUGUCUGUUGAAGAGAAAUAUAAAUGUGAAUCUGACAUGAAAUUGUAAGAAGUUGUGUGAGUAUCCUUCUAUUUCCCGUCAUCAUUUGAAAGUAUUUGGAAACAAAUAUGAAUACCGCUAUAUAAUUAAUAUACUGUAUAUUAAGAAACAACUUCUACGGGCUUCAGAAUCAUACCAGACCAGCAAGUGAUCCUUUUAGUUUGUUUCUUUUUGUACUUGUUGCUUAUUUUUCUAUGUUUGUUUUUUUGUCUUAUUUAUAUGUUCUGUUUCUAUAAUCAAUAAUCCUCCAGAAUGCUGUUGAUAUUUGCUGGCAUUGCUAUUAAAAACAUAUCUUACAACUUACUUCCAGAGAAAACGCUUUACUUAUUCAUCAUAAAGGUGAAUUCAAACUGUCCUUCAAUGUAACUGUAGAAGAGUCCACCUCGGAUUUUGACACUUCUCACAUCGGUAUGUCUUUUGCUUGUAUUUUCAUUAUAACUUAUGAAGUCCAGUUCAGUAUGGUUAAUUUGUUUUUAAUAAUAUAUUCCAUUGCCAUACCAAACGUUGUGUUCAGACAGGUCAAAUAAAGUGUUUUUAGAUCAGAUUUAAAUUAUGUUGAGAUGUGGUUUGAAAUGGAUUUUUAAAUCCAACAGAUUUACAACAUGGUAAUCCAACAGGAAACACUCAUGUGGCUCUUUUUACUUUUCAGUGUGACCACAAGAUGCCAUCACAAAAGUCAGAUUCAGGAACAGAUUAAAGGUACCCUGUUGAUGUUUUUUAAAGUUAUGUUUGCAUUCACAGUUUCUUACCAAAAUAAUCUGUGUGUCCUUUAGGUAUAAUACAUGUGUUGAGAGCAUUUACUUCCUCAUAAAACAUUUUCUUUUGAAAACCACACUGUUUACAAACCAAAACGGGGACCCCCUCAUCAAAACAUUGCUUCACAGUGCUACUAGUGUUCCAACAACUUCACCUUCACCUUUACCAGGGUACCUUUAAGCUUGACAAAAAAAUUAGACAAAAAAAGAUUGAGCUUCGAUUGCUGUCUGAACAUAAGGUUUUUUUCAAGUUGCUCAUUUGAUCUGAACUUCGGCCCAUUGUCAGUGUAACUUCUGUAAACUGUAUGUGGCCACAUGGGAGUGGUCUGUGAAGACGGUCUGUAGAGGUCAUUGUUGCAUCUUCUAGCCCUGAUCUUGUUCCCCAUUAGUGUCUUUACACAAAGUACUUGUGUUGCUGCUGGCCUACAAUGGAAACGGUAUGUUCUAGUGUUGACAUUCAUGUGGACAGCUGAAUAACGUCAGUCCAAGGUCCUGUGUUAUAAAUUACAGACAGUUCUAAAGAUUACUCUGUGUAUCAUUUCAGUGGACUGUGUAAGCAACUGGUUGUGAGAGUCAGAUGAGAUUCUGAUAAAAUAAUGGGAGAUUAUUGACAUUUUUCAUGACUGAGUUAUUAAAAUUGUAUUUUUGUUUAGUUGUAAAUUUAUUUUAUUUACGAUGGCCCUCCCCAGUGCAUGUAAGCCCUUUGAGAUGCAAUAAAUUCAAUGGCGGAUUGAA